AUGAAAAGUCGGCAUUUCUGGAGCUCUGUAAAGGAAUACGGCGGCGCGGAUUAUAUCGCCAAUGUCAAGGCAUUUGCCAGACCACUCUCCGCAAAAACCAUACAGAAUUGCAGGGAUGUCGCAAAAGUAAUCGUUCCGAAGCACAUCAGCUAUCCGGCUUUCAGAGCGAAAAUGAGAUCGAAGAACGAGAACCAGCGCGUUGCCUACUUCGGAAACCUUGCUACACCGAGUAUGAAGCAUUUCAUUUUCCGACAUCAUUUCAAGGCGCUGAAUUUCGCCUACAUAUUCCACAAGGCCUCAAGGCCAGUACGGUUGAAGGAGACGACCAGACAGAAUCUCCGCCUUCGCAUCGACUUUAUAACCGCUACAAUGUUAUACACGACGCUGUUGCCUGUAACCAGAGAGAUCUUAUCGAAGAAGAAUCUUACGACACCAAAGAAUGAUGAGGCGGAAGCCUUCCCCGAACUUGACGACAAAUUUAACUGGAAGAUGGCCUUUGAUGCAUAA